AUGGAGACGGAUGUCGAGGCGGAGCCCAUGCUCCCGCCGUCAGAGCGACUGGAGCUUUACAGGAGCUCCCUACGAGAUCGCUGCACUGACGUCCUGGAGGACGUGGCUGCUUGGGCUGUUGGCUACAAGGCGUGGGCCCUGUCAAACCCCGUGAUUCGGGCGCUCUUGGUUUUUGUGGCACGCGUGAGCUUCGUGGCCGACUUGGCCUUGGAUAUCAACGUCGGACUUGAGCUGCGAGCUUCAGGGAACUUCUGGUGGAGCGGCAUCUGCUUCAGCAUCAUCCUUUUCACCUAUCUGGUUCUGGCCUGUGCCUUGCGCGAGAAAGCCGUGCAAAGGUUGCAAUCUGGCUGCCUGCCCGAGCGCCCGAGGGCGGCGAAGGCAUUGUGGAUCCUACUCAGCGUGCCGCUGCUGGUGGCCACGGACAUCCUCGUGACGCUGAGGUACUUGUGGCAGGAUCCGCUGGAGGUCGAAGUCUUCCAUUUCUUGAAGCUCCGGGGCCUGCUUGAGGCUGUUGAGGCCAUGUUGCAGACGCUCCUGCAGAGCUACGUUGCAUUCCGUCUCUUGAACCCCGGCGGCUUCUUUGCAGAGGUAGAGGCGAAGCAAGUGAAGCCAACGGCGCUGUGCCUCUCCAUCGUGUUCUCCAUCAAGAACUUGGGCGAGCAGUUUCUGUUUCUGGAGAAGUUCUCGAAGCUGCAGACACAUGGGGACAAGAAGCUCUUCUUGAAGACGAUGUGUGCUUUGGGCGAUGGCCUGGCACCCUCCAGUCUUUUCGACCAGGUGGCUCGGAGCCGCUAUGUCAACUGCGAGUUCGACCUCGGUGAGGUCGACCGCUCCGAACUCUGGGUUCUCGCUCGGGCGGCCAGGGACAGCCCGGUCUUGGAAGAGCUCAGAUUUGCAAAGGCCAGCUUCUUGCGCACCCUGGUGCGCACCCCGACGCAGACCAACCUCCUCAAGAGCUGGGUGAACGAGCUCUUGCACAGCCGUCACCUUCAGAGGCUCUACAUCGAUGGGACGUCUAUCGGCAUGGGCCUGGUUGAGGAGGAAAUCUGGGAGGCGGUUCUCAAGGUCUUUGCAGAGUCUGCAGAGUCGAUGCCGCGGCACUCCCUGGAGAGAAUUGAGGUGGCGGGUCGAGAGCCGGUGUUGCUGAAGCCCUGCGCUGAGCCCUGGCGCAGGGCCUUGUUUCAAGCCACGUGGCCGGAGUUGCGCCUGGCGCUUCAAAGGGAGAAGCUUCUCCCUGCGGAGGUUGGAGAGAGUCUCUUUGUUGCGGCAGGCCUCCAGCGGCUGACGAAGCACCUGGGCCUGUUAAUCAGCCUGGGCGCCUCACCGAAUGGAAACGGGAAGAAGUUGCCCUUGAUCAGUGCUGCGCUUCAAAACGCAUCGGGCAACGCAAAGCUGCUUCUGGAACACCGAGCUCACGUUGAUGCAACUUCCGGUUCGGGGCUCACCGCUCUCUAUGGGGCCGCACAGGCGAAUGCCGCUCAAACGUUGCAGGUUCUUCUGCAGCACAAGGCGGAGGUAAAUCUUGCAAUCGGGCCAAAGAAGCUGACAGCCCUGCAUAUUGCUGCGAGGGGCACCUGCAACGAUGCCUUGCGGAUGCUCCUGGAGCAUGAAGCGGAUCCCAACAAGGCCAACACAGACGGGGUCACCGCUGUUCAUGUCGCUUGCGAGGCGUCCCACUUGAAUGCUGUCAGCUGCGUGGAGUUCCUUCUAGCCCACAAGGCUGAUGCCAACAAGUUGACAGCCAGCCGGAGGACGCCCUUGCACUAUGCCCUGAGAUCCCCUUCCAUUGCUUUGGGAACCGCGUUGCUGCAGCCACUGCUGGAGAAUGGAGCUGAUGCGAACCACGCAGACGACGGCGGAGAUGUUCCCCUCUGCCUUGCGGUCGAGAAGAAUGCCGCGACGGCUGUGCAGUUGCUUUUGGAGCGAAGAGCGGAGCUGCACAGCGCAACAGUUCCUGGCCAGACGCCCCUCCAUCUGGCUGCAGAAUGUAAGUCCUUGGAGAGCAUGAAAGUCUUGCUCAUGUGGCGGGCAGAUGUAAGCCGGGUGAACGAGCAUGGCCGCACUCCACUUCUGGACGCAGCUGCAGAAAACUCCGUGCCGUGUGCGCGGAUGCUUCUGGAAUACCGGUCCGAUGUGAACCAUUGCGAGAGCGGCCGCGGUGAGACCGCCUUGAUGAUGUUUGGCAUGCGCCACUCUGCUGAAGGGCUCCGGCUCUUGCUGGAAGCGGGGGCAGAUCCCACUUUGAAGACGACCGACGGCUACAGGGUAGAUGACCUGGCAGUUUCUGAGUCCAAGGAGAUUCAGGAGCUUCUCAAGGGUGUCUUGGAGUAG